GUCUGGCAUAUAACAGCAGGGGAAACAUGACAGGAUCACAGAGCUAUACCCAUAGUAAAGCGUGAAGAUCGCGUCAGAGUUUAUACCUAUGGAAAUGGAUUUCAAAAUUCUUCUGCUCUUUCUGUGCAUCACCUUUGUUUCUGUCCAAGGUUUCAUUCCACGAUGCUGUGUUAAAACAGCUCCAGUGAAUCCACGGCUGCUGAAGCGAGUGGAGAAAUUCUCAGUACAAAAUCGCAGUCUCUGUGAUAUUGAAGCCCUUGUACUGCAUGUCAAUGGGAAGACUUUGUGCGCACCAUUACGGCAAAAGAAACAUCUGCAAAAGAUCAACCCCAAACAGUCAAUUGUCUGAGAUGUAACUGAGCUCCUGUGUUUUUACUGCCGAUGACUCAGUAAGCCAUAAAAAUUCAUUCUGAUUUGCUAUUGUCAAGGAAAAUGGUUUAAAAAUUCAUUCAUUUCAAUUAUUAAAAAAUAUAUAUAUAAGAUUUUAUUAUCAGUAAAAUUAUUCAAGUGAAAGACCACUGGUGUUUUUAGAAAGUUUAUCAUAAAUGUGUUUUAAAUAUGUUUAUAAUUACAAUAAAAUUCAAAAGUCUUUGUGAAAAGGAAGAAAAUGACUCAGGGUAAUGUAUGAUUGUAACCUGUUAGGCUAAACACCUGCAAGUGAACAGUAAUUAUUGAGAGUUUGCCACAAAGCCUUUAUUUCAUUUUAUGAAAAAUGUUUUAAGGACAAGUUUGUGAAAUAAAGCACUAAAAAAUGUUGUCUUCUUAAGCAGCUAAACAGUGAAAUACGCAGGGCAUUUUUACAUAUUUUUCAAAAAAAAGUAAAGUGAACUAUGAUUCACUAAUCAUGUUCAAUAAACACACUUUUGUCUUAAA